CUCUCUCCAAAUACGAAACGGCUCUGAUUUGGAGUGGAUCUCCUCCGACGGUAGGGAUCUGCUCCUCUCUCUAUCCUACGGCCAGGACGCCCGUCUUCUCCUGCAACUGCAUGUGAUAACCAAAAAUUAAGAAGGGACUAAAAUGGCACCGCCUUUCCUCUGUUUUGUUUCCCGUUUAUGUAUUUAAUUUGUUACCCUACUUUCUCUCUCCUCCACCCCUCUUCUGUCUCUUCCACCUCUCUUUCUCUCCCCGCAUUUUCCAAGUUAUCACUCCAUUCCCCCGCCAGCAACUGUACGCAAUCAAUCCUCUUUCUCAGAAUCUUGAUUUAUAGGCUGCUAUCAUGGAUUUCAAUGGCAUGAAGAAAGCAAGUAAAAGGGACUUUAUUAUUCAAAAAGAUGAUAUACAAUUUAUCAGCGAUUUUGGUGAACUUGACCCAUGGACAGCAUGGGCGUACAAGCCACGAACAAUUUCGUUGCUAUUGUUUGGCUCAUGUGUUAUAAUUUGGUCAAGUGGAGCUUUUGAUCCAGAAAGCAUGACUUCAAAUGCUCUUGUUACAUCGGUUAAGAGGGGGGUUUGUGCCAUGAUUGCAGUCUUUCUAGCUUAUUCCUUGCUCCAAGCACCUCCAACGGUACUUACUAGGCCGCAUCCUGCUAUUUGGCGUUUAGUCCAUGGAAUGGCUGUUGUUUACCUUGUUGCCCUUACUUUCUUGCUUUUUCAGAAUCGUGAUGAUGCUCGUAGAUUCAUGAAAUUUCUUCACCCUGACCUUGGAAUUGAACUGCCUGAAAGGUCUUAUGGAACGGAUUGUCGUAUAUAUGUGCCUGAUAAUCCCAAAAGCAGGUUUAACAAUGUUUAUGAGACAUUAUUUGAUGAGUUUGUUCUUGCACAUAUAUUUGGUUGGUGGGGUAAGGCCAUAAUGAUACGAAAUCAAUCUCUUUUGUGGGUCUUAUCAAUAGGUUUUGAACUGAUGGAGCUUACUUUUCGUCACAUGCUACCAAACUUCAACGAGUGUUGGUGGGAUAGUAUUAUUUUGGACAUUCUUGCUUGUAAUUGGUUUGGCAUUUGGGCUGGAAUGCAUACUGUGAGGUACUUUGAUGGCAGAACAUAUGAAUGGGUUGGUAUUAACCGCCAGCCAAAUAUCAUUGGUAAGGUGAAAAGGACAUUGGAGCAGUUUACUCCUGCUCACUGGGACAAAGAUGAGUGGCAUCCUAUGCUUGGUCCUCUGAGGUUUGUUCAGGUUCUGAGCCUUUGCGUUGUGUUCAUGACUGUGGAGCUCAACACUUUCUUUCUCAAGUUCUGCCUAUGGAUUCCACCCAGAAAUCCUCUAGUAGUUUACAGGCUUAUCCUUUGGUGGUUGAUUGCAAUACCUACCAUUCGUGAAUACAACAACUAUUUGCAAGACAGAAAACCAGUGAAAAAGGUAGGAGUAUUCUGUUGGCUUUCCCUCGCAAUUUGCAUAUUAGAGCUUCUUAUCUGCAUCAAGUUUGGCCAUGGUCUUUUCCCCCAACCGAUGCCUCCCUGGUUGAUAAUUUUCUGGUCAUCUGUGGGCUUUGCACUGCUCAUCUUCUUAUUAUUUUGGACUUGUCAGAUUCAUAAAAGUAUGCAGAGAAAGAAGCAAUAACAACAGCUCCUCAAUGUUUUUUUUUUUCCUUGUUUUAUGUGAUUUUUUUGUAUAUAUUAACACUUUCUUGGUGAUAAAUGCUCCACGUCGCCAAAGCUUUAAAGCAGCAUGCGUU